CAAGGAAACUCUCCAGUUCUUUUUUUUCCUUCCCCUCGUUUGCUUCUCUUCAUUUUCUUGUCCUUUUUUAAAAUUGAAGAAUUUUUCCCUCCUGUUUUUCGAUGGAUGUGUUUGAUCUUUUUUUGCUUGGUGUUCCGUGUCCCUCCUCGUUCUUGUAUAAAACCUUUCGUAGGUUUUUUUGCUUGAAUUCUUUUUUUUUUUUUUUGUUUUACCUCUAAUAUUUACAUGUUUCAUCCCACCUCCACAAAACUGUCAAAACUGACUAAUACUCUCGUAUCACCUCCUUUUUUGCAUGUUUUUUCCCCCCAACUCAUUGAAUUUUUUAAUGUUAAACGGAUAAUACUGAGAAAGGUGUUGUAAACAUUACCGAUACUAACAUCUCAGGUCAUGUUGUUUGGGUCAGUGCGACACUGAGUGUUUUCUAAGCAACAUUUGGUUAUGUUCCUUGGAUCUGUGCAGGAGGUCGCAUCCUGUGUUAUGUUUUACAGCCAUGUUCUCCCAACAGAGGCCACAGACACCCUACAAAACUGGGAAUGGACAGUUUUAGUUGUUGAGAGCACUUAGGAACAUUUUAAUGUCCGAGUACCGGAGUCUUCUUGCCAAACUCACGGAUAAUGGAAUGGUCGCCACUCUGGUUUCUGUGCUUUUCCAGCGCCAAGAACAUCAUCCCAGUGCUUCUAUUUCCAAGUUAUCCUCAGGUGUUUUUAUUUAUUUAUAUAUAUUUUUUUUUUUUCCUUGCAGGGGAUUAUGGGUAGGGUGACUUUAAAGGCUAAGGGGGAGAGAAGUCUGCCUCAUCAAGCAUUUUACGUUUCACACUCAUAGCCUAAAGGUGAUCCCUGUAAUACCUUCCAUCCGCUGUAAACAGAAUUUCGAUAAGGAAGCUGUAACUUCUCACCGUGGGUCAAGAUGACAAAGAAGAUAUCAUCUCUCGCCGCCCUGCAUUAAUUUCUUUUUUUCUUUCCGUAGCAGACUUCAUUUGAGUCGCGUGCGUGUUUUCUACGCUUCACCGCGGUCAGAGGCAAUGGGAUCUUUGCACUUAAGCCAGUGCCUGCUGUAAACGCUGAGCUCUCAUCGCUGAAGAACACCUGUCACUCAGCGGGAAGAGUCUCCUUUCAACGGCGGAGGGAAGUCGUGACACCCGAGGCUGGCGGCGUUGGCCAUUACGCGACGCGCUUCUCGCCGGCCGUGUCGGGUGGCCAUCGAUUUUUUUUUUGUUCCGUCUGUUUCACGUCAGAAGACGUCAGCGAUAGCUCUUUAACCAGUUGAGCUAAUUUUCUUGCGUUCACUUGAGAGUAUCGGCAUAAUUUUAAAAUGCGCGGAAAUUGAUUCGUGGAAAUUCAGUGUAAUUUAAAUGCGACCACGCUGGCGCGUCUUGAUGCUUGCCGGCUGCUCGUUCUCUGCACGCGGGAAGCGGCCAUAAUUAUUUAUUGUUUAUGCGAUCGAUGCGGCACAUUGCAUUGUGCUUGACAUCACUCCGAAUGCACUUUCUGUACUUGGAUGCAUCCAGCUGGCUUGGUUAUUAAAUGAAUUUAUCAAAGCGAACAGAAGAUGUAAUAAAACAAUCUCAGCCCCCCCCCCCCCCACAAAGGACUGCCUCAUGACAGUCACCAGUCUUUCUUAAUGAGGCAAAAAUAUGCAGCUUCCCCUGCUGAGCCGUUGAAGAUGAAAAUCAGCCCCAGUGUUGACUUGCAGAUCCAUGUUUGGUGUGAGGCUCCAGAGAUGUGGAACAGAGAAGCGGAGAAGAAUGAUACCUCACUUCUGGAUUACAGCUCUUUCAUCAUGGAGCAGAAGUAUUUUCCGGAUGUUUGCUUCCUCCUUCAUUUUUUCUUUUUUGGGGGGGGAGGGGUCUGUGUUUAAUCUGCGUUGAGGCCCCCAGCUGUCCAGUAGUGGUUGUGAAUAUUUUCCACCUCCCAGCUGGAAUGGAACUACCUGAUGCACGUACCACCAUUUUUGCCCAGAACUUUUCCUGAUGCCAACCUCGCCCCAGAUUAAAGGGAUUGCCAGUUAUGGGGAACAUGGCACAAUGUUGCUUAGGAAACAUCUGUCCGAACUGCCUGUGACACCAAUGCACAUCCGGGAAAGUGGUAGCCCCAAACCAGUGAUGGUUUUUAUCCAUGGUGGGUCGUACAUGGAAGGAACUGGGAAUAUGUUUGAUGGAAGCAUCUUGGCAAGUUAUGGAAAUGUCAUUGUCAUCACUGUUAACUACCGGCUUGGAGUCCUAGGGUUUUUGAGCACAGGCGACCAAGCCGCCAAGGGGAAUUAUGGGCUCCUGGAUCUCAUUCAGGCCCUUCGCUGGACCAGCGAGAACAUCGCCUUUUUCGGGGGUGACCCUCUGCGCAUCACCGUUUUCGGGUCGGGGGCUGGUGCCUCCUGCGUCAACCUGCUGACCCUGUCUCAUUACUCCGAGGGCAACCGCUGGAGCAAUUCGACCAAAGGACUUUUCCAGAGAGCUAUAGCACAGAGCGGCACAGCCCUGUCUAGCUGGGCGGUCAGCUUCCAGCCCGCUAAAUACGCCCGUCUGCUGGCCAAGAAAGUAGGCUGCAACCUCCGGGGCAGCGUGGAGCUGGUGGAGUGUCUGCAGAAGAAACAUUACAAGGAGCUCGUGGACCAAGACAUCCAACCCGCCCGGUACCACAUCGCAUUCGGGCCCGUCAUCGACGGCGACGUCAUCCCCGAUGACCCUCAGAUCCUCAUGGAGCAGGGGGAAUUCCUCAACUAUGACAUCAUGCUAGGGGUGAACCAGGGCGAGGGCCUGAAAUUCGUGGAGCUCAUCGUGGACAGCGAAAACGGAGUCCAGGCCAACGACUUCGACUACGCCGUCUCCAGCUUCGUGGACGAUUUGUACGGCUACCCAGACGGCAAGGACAUCCUUAGGGAAACCAUCAAGUUCAUGUAUACGGACUGGGCAGACCGGCACAACCCGGAGACCCGGAGGAAGACCCUGUUGGCCUUGUUCACGGACCACCAGUGGGUUGCCCCUGCCAUCGCCACGGCCGACCUACAUUCCAGCUUCGGGUCCCCUACCUAUUUCUACGCCUUCUACCACCACUGCCAGACAGACCAGGUGCCCCCCUGGGCAGAUGCUGCCCACGGCGACGAGAUCCCCUACGUCUUUGGCCUGCCCAUGAUCGGACCCACUGAUCUCUUCCCCUGCAACUUCUCCAAGAACGACGUCAUGCUGAGCGCCGUCGUCAUGACGUACUGGACAAACUUCGCGAAAACUGGCGACCCCAAUCAGCCGGUCCCCCAGGACACCAAGUUCAUCCACACCAAGCCCAACCGCUUUGAGGAGGUGGCCUGGACGCGCUACAACCAGAAGGACCAGCUGUACCUGCACAUCGGCCUGAAGCCACGAGUCAAGGAGCACUACCGCGCCAACAAGGUCAACCUGUGGCUGGAACUGGUGCCCCACUUGCACAGCCUCAAUGACCUCACGCAGGUCGUCUCCACUACCACCAAAGGCCCUGUGCCAGAGCCCACACCCAGGACACCAAAGAAGGUCCCCACUGCCACCAGGAGGCCCAACCCCACUCCCUUCCCAACGGAGAACCAGGACGAGCACAGCCAGCUGGAGCGGCCCCUACUGGUGGACAGACGGGAUUACUCCACAGAGCUGAGCGUCACCAUUGCUGUCGGCGCCUCGCUGCUCUUCCUCAACAUCCUGGCCUUCGCCGCCCUCUACUACAAGAAGGACAAGCGGAGGCAGAAUGUGCACCAGCGCUGUAGUCCCCAGCGUGGCACCACCAACGACCUGGCGCACGCCCAGGAAGAGGAGAUCAUGUCCAUGCAGAUGAAACACACGGACCUGAGCCACCAGUGUGACGGCAUCCACCCGCACGAGAUGGUCCUCCGAAGUGCCUGUCCGCCAGACUACACACUGACCAUGAGGAGAUCCCCGGACGACAUCCCCCUAAUGACCCCCAACACCAUCGCCAUGAUUCCCAACAGCAUUCCAGGGAUACCAUCCUUGCAUCCGUUCAGCACCUUCCCUAGUGGACAGAACACCUUGCCCCACCCCCACUCACAUUCAACAACCAGGGUAUAGCCGGUGGGGAAUUACCUUUUCUGCAAAUCAUUGUCAUGAGCACCUGGCGAUAUUGUACUGCUGAAAGGGAAAAUAUCACUUUUUUUUGUAAAAAAAUAAAAAUAAAUAAAUAAUACAUAAAAAUAAAGAAAAAUGUUCGGAUUACAUAAACAUUUCUUUUAUAUGUGAUGGAAAGCAUAAAAGAAGGUCAAUUUGCUGUCACUGGAGGAGCUCGAGCUGAAUGAUAUGGCUGGUUUGGAGAAAACAGGGAUGGGAGAGAAUCGUGAAUCAGGCAUCCACAUGGAUACACACAGACGCUUGUUUAUGGAGCCAAAAGAAGACAAUGCCCCAAAGGAU